CAGCAGCAGCUGUGGGAUAGAACUGCUCCAACCUAAAAGUGGCCCAGGGCUCUAGAGCCAGAGAGGAACUAGAAAGCAGCCUUCUCAGAGCAUGCUCCUCAACACAGCAGGCCGGCCAGUCUGAAGCCCCCCGGGAAGUGUGCAUUUUAUGCCCUUCCAAUGGUAGCCAGAAUGGGAAGAGAUGGACUCCAGCAGACAGAGCCAGCACCAACCUUGGACACUCGCUCCCCUUUGGUUCGCUGCUCAUGGGGGGCUCCUAGGGCAUCUCCCAUCUCUGACUGCCUCUCCAGCUGCAUCUCUGGCCCAGGAGAACGGAGCAGCUCUGCAGGACCUUCGAAAGCGGCCUCGGCAAAGAGCUGCACGCCCAACUGAUCGCCCAGGACAAGCAGAAUAAACACACGAGCUACAUCUCAGGUCCCUGGUUUGAUAUGUACCUGUCUGCCCGAGACUCCAUUGUUCUGAACUUUAAUCCAUUCAUGUCUUUCAACCCCGACCCAAAGCCCGACUACAACGACCAGCUCCUCCGGGCAACCAACUUAACCGUGUCAGCCGUGCGCUUUCUGAAGACUCUCCGGGCCGGGCUCCUGGAGCCCGAGGUCUUCCACCUGAACCCGGCCAAGAGCGACACCGACGCCUUCAGGAGAAUCAUCCGCCUCGUGCCUUCGUCCCUGGCCUGGUAUGGCGCCUACCUGGUCAACGCCUACCCCCUGGACAUGUCGCAGUAUUUCAGACUUUUCAAUUCAACCCGGCUGCCCAGGCCCGGGCGAGAUGAGCUUUUUACUGAUGAGAAGGAGAAGCACCUCCUGGUGCUGAGGAACGGGAACUUUUACGUCUUCGACGUCCUGGACCGAGACGGGAACAUAGUGGAGGCCGCGGAAGUGCACGCCCACCUGCAGUACAUCCUCUCGGACAGCAGCCCCGCUCCCGAGUUCCCUCUGGCGUACCUGGCCACCGAGAACCGCGACACCUGGGCGGGCCUGCGGCAGGAGCUGCUGAGCAGCGGGAACGGGGAGGCGCUCGGCAAGGUGGACUCGGCCGUGUUCUGUCUCUGCCUGGACGGCUUCCCCAUCACAGACCUGGUCCAUCUGUCGCACACCAUGCUGCAUGGGGACGGCGUGAACCGGUGGUUCGACAAGUCCUUCAACCUCAUCGUGGCCAAAGAUGGGACCGCCGCCGUGAACUUCGAGCACUCGUGGGGCGACGGCGUCGCCGUGCUCAGGUUCUUCAACGAGGUAUUCAAAGACAGCACCCGGAGCCCCGCCGUGGCGCCCCAGGCGCGGCCGGCCCCCGUCGACUCGUCGCAGGCUGUGCAGAAGCUCCAUUUCCGACUGAACGACGCCUUAAAAGCUGGGAUCGCCAAGGCCAAAGCCCAGUUCGACGCCACCAUGCAGACGCUCACGAUCGACAGCAUCCAGUUUCAGAGAGGAGGCAAGGAGUUCCUGAAGAAGCACAAGCUCAGCCCCGACGCGGUGGCGCAGCUCUCCUUCCAGAUGGCCUUCCUCCGGCAGUACGGGCAGACGGUGGCUACCUACGAGUCCUGCAGCACGGCAGCCUUCAAGCACGGCCGCACCGAGACCGUCCGCCCGGCCUCCGUGUUCACCAAGAAGUGUUCGGAGGCCUUUGUCCGGGAGCCCUCCCGGAACAGCCCCGAGCAGCUCAAGGAGAUGCUGGCCCAGUGCUCCAAGUACCACAACCAGCUGACGAAGGAGGCGGCCAUGGGUCAGGGAUUUGACAGACAUUUGUUUGCCCUGAGAUACCUGGCGGCAGCCAAAGGGCACAAACUGCCGGAGUUGUACCAGGACCCGGCCUACGGGCAGAUCAACCACAACAUCCUGUCCACCAGCACCCUGACCAGCCCCGCCGUGAACAUCGGGGGCUUCGCCCCCGUCGUCCCCGAUGGCUUCGGGGUGGGCUACGGGGUCCACGACGACUGGAUCGGCUGCAACGUCUCCUCCUACCCCGCCCGCGACGUCAGGGAGUUCCUCCGGUGUGUGAAUAAGGCCUUGGGAGACAUUUUUGAUGUCCUAGAAGGUAAACCUGUCAGAAGCUAGGGGGAGGCUCGGGGCUCUGAGCCCGUGGCAGCUCCUCUAGGGAUAAUGUUGGGGGCAGAGGGGCUUGGCGGGAGUGUCCCGUGAGCUUUAGAAUCAUGAAAUGCCUGAGUAACUAAAAAGUUGUGUUUUAAUUUGAGAAUCGUGACCCUGACAAAAUGAAUUAGAUUGAAUCAUGAUUUCUGGAAGCUUCUUUGGGGUGGGCUUUGAGCUGGACAGAGGAGACACGUUCAGCGACUCCUUGAGGAGACCCCUGACUGCUGUCCGUGUAACGUGGCAUGGGCCGGGUCAGGGCUCCUGUCGAGAAUCCUGCGUGGUCUGCAUCGGGGAGCGAGGGGGGACCCGCCGGUUGUUGGAUGUUGAUUCUCCUACAAUAAACGCUCUCCUCAUAAAACCA